GAAGCGGACACCUCUAAACACUUAAGCCUCUUCGCUUAUAGGCGACGUGGGUUUAUGGCAGUAUGUAAUUUACAUAUAUUUUGUUGUAUAUUAGGGGGGUUCGCGUCGCGACUGUGAUCAUGUCUCAUUGGACCCGAUGAUACAAACGCGUCUACCAACAGUAACCGCGAACGGGCGAAUUUGAAACUUUUUUCUCUUUCCUCCUGGACGGGACCAUCCCAAAACUCUCUCUCUCUCUCUCUCACACACACAAACACGCAUUCUCGUUUUGUUCACAAAGGACACAGACCGAGGUCUCUUUAAAAACAUCUGCGCUCUUUUACGCAUCAACUUUAGAUGAGCGCGCGCGGAGGUGUCGACGGGGAUGUUUUUACGCGUUCGGUUCCCGUCGUGAUCCUUGACUUUCUGCCGGUUCUCCUGCUGUCUGUGGGAAAGACAUGAGCUCAGGACAUGGGUCUGUGUUUGGGAACCGAUUUGACAGAGGACGACAAGAAGGCGAAGAUCCAAAGCGUAAAGAUAGACCGAGAUCUGUACGAAUAUGCCAAGAAAGAGAUGAAUGUGGUGAAAAUACUCAUGCUGGGAGCCGCAGAAAGCGGAAAGAGCACGCUGGUCAAACAGAUGAAGAUCAUCCACAGCCAUGGGUUCACCAAGCAAGAGCUGUCCAGCUUUAAGCCUGCUGUAUUGGAUAACCUUAUGACCUCUAUGAAGUUUGUCCUCCAUGGGAUGGGUGUCCUUAGGAUCAAUCUCGCCAACAGCAAAAACAAGGUCCACGCUCACUCGAUUCUCUCGUGCGGCCGCUGUUUCGACGAAGACCAGAUGCUGUUUCCGUUCGUAGGCCACGCCCUGUGCUGCUUGUGGGCGGAUCAGGGGGUGCGGUCUGCGGCGGCUCGCGGAUACGAAUAUGAGCUGAAUGAUUCGGCGCUGUAUUUUUUCGAGAACAUGGGUCGGAUCAUCGCCCCCAACUAUAUGCCUACAGAAACUGACGUCUUGAGGGUCCGACUGAGGACCACUGGUGUGAUCGAAACACAGUUCAAAGUCAAGCACUUGAUCUUCAGAAUGUAUGACGUUGGGGGACAGAGAACAGAGAGGAGGAAGUGGAUCAGUUGUUUUGAAGACGUGAGAGCCGUGCUGUUCGUGGUGUCCCUGAGCGGGUACGACAUGACUCUAGUUGAAGAUCCAUCCAUGAAUCGACUGCAGGAGAGCCUCAAGCUGUUCUUGUCAAUCUGCAAUAACGUCUUCUUCAGGAGUACCUCUAUGAUCUUAUUCAUGAACAAGAUUGAUCUGUUCCAAGAGAAGAUCCUCCACUCCGGGCGACAUCUACGACAUUACCUGCCGCAGUUCAAAGGAGCAGAUUGUGACGUGGACGCGGCCGCUCGCUUCAUCGCCGCCAUGUUCAUAUCCCUCAACACCACGCCCAGCAAACUCAUCUACCAUCACUUCACUACGGCCACCGACACCUCCAACGUACAGGUGGUCUUCCAGGUCGUCAUGGAUACCAUCAUCAAGGAAAACCUGGAGGCUGUGUCUCUUCUAUGAGGUCCGAACGGGCCCAGGGAGGUCCGUGUGGAACCGUUCCACAGAUUUAUGGACAGUGAUGUGGUCAUUUAAAUAUAAAGCGGAUUAUAUUUAUUAUUUGCAAUGCUCUGUACGCAAUCUGAGAACUUGUGGACAUUUGUUUCGUAUUUUGCAUAAAGGGACUGAAUUCUUUAAGAGAGGGGUUAUUCGUGAAGUAAACGAUGACGGAUAUUUAUGAAUCGAAGGCAACGUUGAAAAAGUAAAACGUUGGUGGCUUUAUUUUUGCCAGAUCUGUGCAUCGGCCGUGUGGACGCAGCAUCACUUGGGAGGUUACUUUCACCCUUGUGAAAAACUGCUCAUUCUUUAAGUCUUAAGUUCAGAGAAGGUUCUUUUGCAUAUGAAUUAUGUUUGCACCUCGUUUUUGUGCAGUUGUUUCUGUGAUACGGUGCUGCACUUUUGUAGCUUUUCUGAAUCGUUCGUUUUGUUUAAUCUUUCUGAUGGACUGUUAAAAUGUAUUUUUGUGUUGUUUGAUUGUAAAUAUCAAACUUAUAUUCACAUCUGUAUGAAGAAAAAUCGUACCAGACUGUAGCAAGAGUCGCAUCUAUAUAAACAGACUAUUGUAAAUACAUUUGUAUUUUUUAUGAUGUUCUUGAAACUUAAAUGUCUAUCCCAUUUAUUAUUUGUUAUUUAAAUCCCACUUUUGUCUAUUUGAAGGCAUUUCACUUUGAGUUCAAGUUUGUAAUGCAAACCACUGUGAAUUGAUGUUAUUAAACUUAACAUUUUUAUA